AUGUCCGCCCCAUUACAAAAUCUCAAUCCCACAAUUAUCCGCUCUGCGGAUUUACCAACGCGUCAGCCUAUAAAGAAGACCGUCUCUUCAUCUCGCGAGCCAGAUCCAUACGAGGGGACUAUUUUUGCGAGCAGUGACCUAUCGGGAGAGCCAUGGAAAAAUGACCCGUUUGAUACAUAUCUUGAGAAAUCGGAUACUGAGAUUCCUAGUGAAGAUGAACUAGAAGAGCCGAUUGACGAGCAAGAAAUUUACGACUUAAUAUCCACAAUAUCCGACCCUGAACACCCUAUAUCACUAGGAGAACUAGCUGUCGUCUCCCUUCCAGAUAUCUCUAUUACUUCAGCCCUCCCGGAAAAUCCUGCUUCGCCCCUCCGAAAAGUAACUGUGCUAGUUACACCCACUAUUACUCAUUGUAGCCUUGCAACUGUCAUCGGCUUGGGUAUCCGUGUCCGGCUGGAGCGAAGCUUACCGCCCCGCUUUAGGCUUGACGUACGGAUCAAAGAGGGUACAUAUAAUGCAGUAGAGGAGGCGAAUAAGCAAUUAGGGGAUAAAGAAAGAGUCGCUGCGGCAGCGGAGAAUGCGAGCUUGAUGAACAUGAUUGAAAAGAUGCUGGAGACUUGUAAAUGA